CGGUUAUUAAGGGGUGGUGGGAGACGGUUGGUCGGACGCGUGUUAUAAUCUGUAGCCAUUGACGGUAUCGUGUUUUGUAUAAGAACCGGUGCACUGAGGUCUCCGCGUGUAGUCGGCAAUUAUUAAUUGUCGAGCGCGCGUCCGGUACUUAUACAAUAUAAUAUAUUUAUAUUUAUAUACCUAACAAAAACGCGGGAUUAUUUUCGAUUUCGAUAAUAAUUCGACUGAAUAUUUUUCUUCCGUUUAUUUUUUGUUGUCGAUUGAUUUUCGCAAGAUUUACACGAUGGUGGACGAGAGGAGCAGCUUGACGAAAGUGGUCGGCAAAACUAAGAAAGUGUUUCAAAAGUAUGGGUCGACCAGCCCAAGAGCAGACGACGUCGUUGUCGAGACCAAACAGAAAUACGAAAAAUUCAAGUGAGUUGUUAUAUUUUAUCACUGAAAUCACUCACACAAACUCAUUUGCGGCAUGGAAUGCUUAAUCGUGUGCGGUCCAGUGCCAGAUUGAGAUGUAAAACAGGCCCCCGAGUGACGAGUUAUAAAGACUACCUCGUUUACCUAUUGAUAACAAUAUUAUAUUAUAUUUUUAUUACAUUUCUUUAUUACUAUUGUUUAUUACAAUUUCGUAAUUUUAUUGAACAAUUUUCGUUGUAUAUUAAUAUAAUUAUUUUCAUUGGCCUAAAGUAUAAAAUAUAUCGUGACACGUCGAAUUUUACUCGGUAACUCGCUGUCUCAAUCUGGCCCUCUUUAAAUCGAUUCGUGCGCUUUUGGUUUUGUCAUACACACGCGCAUACCUAUGAGGCUAUAAGUACAUUAGUUUGGCUUAAUAAUAACAAUGAUAUUACAAGAUCAUAUUAUUUUUAUUUUAUCAAAUUAUUUUAUCAUUCUCACCAUUCCAUUUAUAAAUAGGAAUUAUGGGAUGAAUAAAUAUUGAAAUUAACCUGGAGUCUUUGGGUCACGUCGAUACAUUUUGUACACGUAUUUUUGUAAUAAUAUAUUUAUAUAACUUUACGAAUGUUUGCGAGAAAACUAGACUUUUAAUUAAGAUUAUAUCUACUGUAAACUUAUAUUAUAGGUAAUUUAUAACAAAACAUUCGUCAGCGUUUCGGCGUCGAUUAUAGAUUUUCAACUGAACGAACUAUUGAUAAUUUUUGUUCCAUUAUUGAUUUUGAACAUAACAAAAAAGUAUAAUUUCAAAAAAUAUUUUAUUUGGUAAUUUUUAACUAAGGUAUUAUGAUAGCUAUAUCUCAUAAACGAUUGCUAAAAUUAUUGAUAUUAAUAUACGAGUGUCGAUAUUGAUCAUUCAUAUACUAAAAAUAUAAUAAAUAAUAACAUAGAGGUAUCUACUUAAUAUUAUCCGAAUAAUAUUUUUAAACUUUCAACAAAAGGAAAAAUUUGUUUUUGAUUUUGUAUGUUAAAUUUAAUUUGAACUAUGUACUAUAGUUAAUUCAUUUUCGUAUAUUGUUCGUACAGUGUCUUUUCAUAGCUUUAGUUCAACUGCAUUUUUGUUAUUUCUUUCAUAAUACCUAAUGAAUAGUAACUAAAAACUGUAUAAAAAUAAUAAGUUGUUAAAAUAGAUGCAUACAUUUUACAUUAAUGUUAAUAAAUUAUUUAUUUAUUUUAUACAUAUAUGUGUAUAUACGUAUAAUACUAUAAGCACUAUAUUUAUAGUUUUUUUUUUUUAAAUCUAUAGUCUUUAUUUAUCUAUUAUGACCAUUUUUUGUUGAUUGUACAUAAUUAUGUGAUAGUUAAUAUAAUAAGAAAAUUUGCUUUACUACAAACAUAAUAAUAUUGUAUUAAUAUCGUAGUAGGUACUUAACACUUGUAUCAGUUUUUCGGAAGAUUUAAAUUUAAAAUUUUUAAUAUUUAAAUAUUACAUAUUUUAUUUAUUUAUUUUUAUUAAAAAAUGAUAUAUAUAUACUAUAUACUAUAUAUUAUAUACUUGAAAUUUAAAUAUAUAUUUAAAAAUUGUCUUUCCGCUAUUGUCCCUGUCAAUAAUCUUCUGCAUUUUAUAGUAUAUCCAUUCGAUCAUAUAAUUAUAAGUAUAGGCAUGGAUUGGACAGUAUCUUUGAUACAAAUAUUUUACAUAUGAAUCUUAGAUACAAAUAUAUUUUGUAUCUUGUAUUGUUAUACAGUUUUGGAAAUUAUCAAGUAUCUUGUAAAAAAUAAAUCACUCGAUAAACACUAUUUUUGAUUGGAUACCUAAUUAAACUUAUGGUUUAUUGUAACGCAAACAAAAAAAAUGUCUUAUUAACAAUUUUAGUUAAAAUGAUUAAAAUUACUUAAAUUAAUAUUUAAGUGUAUUAUAGCAAUGUAUUAGGUAUAUUAAUUUAUAUUUUAUAAUAACACUUAAAUAUUAUUGUUAUUGUUGCGGUUGGAUUGGUCAUAUUGUAGAUUAGUUACUUAUAAUAUUAGUCAUAAGUGAUUUAACCGAAAAUUUUUAGUAAAUGUAUACAGUCAUGAGUUUAUUUAAGUCUUUUCUAUAUUUUAAUAGUAAUAUGUAAUUACAUUUAUUUUUUUUUAAAUUCCGAGCAUAGGGAGGGAGCUAUUGGUUUUACUAAGAUGUUUAAUUUUUUUUUUUUUUUCUAGUUUGUGGACACGUUUUUUCUUGCAAACUUGCUCCGACUUUUACGUCAAAUAAUUUUUAUGAAAGCUCAAGUUGUCUUAAUAGUACUUUAAAAAGAUAAUUUUUUUGAUUUUCGACGUCAUUUUUAAAAUAAAAGCACAAGUGGAAAAAAAAAACAUAGGAAAACGUACAAUUUCACGAUUUUAUUAUUUUAUAAAAACACGGAUGAUGUUUUCUACCAGAAAAAAUAAUUUAAUCGAAAAAUCACAAGAUACUCUUUUGUUGUCUUUUUGAUUUACUUUCUGGCGGUAAUCAUCGCCAAGACUUUUGAGCCACUUUUGAGCUUUUAAGGAAUUUUUGGGAGUUAUUUUGCUGUAACUCGGUUAUAAAUACAUGUAGAGAUUUGAAACUUGGUAAUAAUACUUAUAUUAGACUUACCUAGACUUGGUAAAAUUUCUAAAAUCAUUGGACGACAUUUUUCCUUUUUUUAAUUUUUUUACAAUGGUACUUUUUUUAUUUUUUAGACUGUAGACCAUUUUUAUCCUAGAAAACUUGCUCUGAUAUAAAAGUGUAGCAUCUUUUCUGAAAGUAAAUUUUACUUACUUAGUAACUACUUAGGUCAGUUUUAGAUUUUCGAAACGGUAUUUAAAAUAAAAACGAUUAACUGGGGAAAAAAUCGCAUUUUUUCACAAUUCCGUUAUUUUAAAUAAUUAUCUACGACAUUUUCUAGCACAAAUAUAGCUCCAAUUGAAAAACAAGAGACCUUUUUUGUUGAAUUAUUAAUCUUGCUUAUGAUGCAGGCCGUUUUUUGACUUUCGAAUUGGUUUUCAUAAUAAUCGGGAAAAAACGUAAGAAGGUUAGGUUAAAAAAAAUAAUAGGGUAAAAAAAAACGAUACUUCAAAUUACCGAACUGCGCUUGGAAUCAUCUUUCGUCAGCUUUAUCGUUUCUUACAGAUAUAAAUGAAAAAACCUUAUGUGUCCUACCUUCCCAACUUCUUACCUAUAACAGUGGCCACACUCGUUCACAAUAUCAGCUCUUUGUUUUUAUUUUAAAUAUGUUUGAAUAAUUUUAAUUUAUUAUUAUUAUUAUUAUUAUUACAACUUUUUUAAAAAUUGUCUUUACACGCAUUUAAUAUUUUAAACAUUUGUUUGAAACAAAUGUUUCCCUAAUAUAAUUGCUUAGUCCUAGAAAUAUAUGAAAAUGGGAGGGAAGUGAGGAGGUAAUUUUUUUAAAACUUUGCUUGGAAUUUGAAAAAAUAUAUUAGUCAUGGUGUCUCUGUGUAUGUGUUUGGGGGGUUCAAAAUAUCGACGAUUCAUGUUUUGAACUCAAACACCAAAUUUUAUUUUGCACCCAUUUAUACGAUUAUUGUCAUUGUUAGUUUAUAAAUGCAUACAAUAUCCAUAUUUAACGUGUCAAAUAUAUAAUUUAUAAACGAUAAGAUGAAUCAAUUUGAUAAAAAUCAAUAAACCAUUGGUACUAUUUAUUAUAAAGGAAUUCUGUUGUUAAUAUUAAUAGGGGUUUUACGUUUUUUUUUAUUAAGUUUUGUUGAGAAUUUCGAACAAUAUUUAAAAAAAUUUUCAAUAUUGUAAUAUAUAGUGGAGACUGGAAAUUAUAGAUUGUUGCGUUUUAAUAUUUGAAUCUGUAAAAUUUCCGUAGGUAUAUCAAUUAGUGUAAAAGUAUAAUUUUCUCUUUUAAUCAAUUUUUAUCAAGUAUAAUAUAAUACAUUUAUAAUAAAUGCAGCAUAUGCCACUUUUUCUUUGCAUAUAUUUGCAUCGUAUUUGAUACUUCUUAAAUGCAUAUACUUCCUAGGCUCAUUAAUAAUUGUAAUAUGUUAUAACGGUAAUAUGCUUCACAAAAUCAAACAGAAAAAAAUAAUGGGCAAAUUUUUUAGAAUUAAAAUACAUAAUAUUAUAAACACAUUAUUUCAUUAAUUAGUAAUUUAAUUAGCGCAGUUAAAUAAAUUAUUCAAAUUAGAAAAAAAAUAUAUAAUAAAGCACUCGACGAUUUUGAUCAUCAUGUAAAUUUGUAUUCAAAGCAUUUUUAUCUAAUUGAUUACAGUAUACAUUUCAAACCUCAAUGUAAGUACCUGAUCAUGAAGGAGGAGGUUUUAAAAAACGUAAGGUAUAAAAAAAAUCAUGUCUCUUACGUAAUGUUUAUAAUACGGGAUUAUUAUGUAACGCUACGAGUAUUUGAUUUUUUUUUUUUUAAUUUAGGUAUAUAAUAAUGUUGUUAUCAUUAUAUUAACGGAUCUUGGAUUGUUAGUAAAAAUACCAGAAUAGUACUAAUAAAGGUAUACGCCAUUAAUUUUUUUUAUUAUUAUUAUUAUUACAUUUUUGUGUUAAUAAUGCACAAUUUUAAGUCAUAUGAGACUAGUUAUAAUUUUACUUUCCACUAAACCGUUUUAUUUAGUAUGGUAUGUAUAUUACAUAUUAUAUUCAUAACAAAAAUCCUUUAAUAAUCCGUGUUGUUCAACACGGUAAGUAAAUUAGCUGCAAGAAUAUUCGUAAGGCGCGAAGGGGGUGAUAUGUACAAUAUCCGACAACAGAACACCGAUUGGUUUUUAAAUAAAAACAAUUUUUAAUAGGAUCGUAUAAUACUUUGUAUCUUUAUUCUCGUACAUAUACCUACUGCAGUUUUAAUGUCAUACUAGAUAAUACAAAUAAUAAUAAUAUUUGUCAAUUUGUAUACGUGUAAAAUUGUGCGUAGGUAUGUAUAGUAAACGUACUUGCAGGGGAAAACAGUCCAUACAAAUAUGGUACCUACCAUUACUAUAAUAGCUAGCUGCAGUUUAUAAUAAUAAUAAAUAAAUAAUAAAUAAACCGGACGUUGUGGUUAAUUUAUUAAAAUGUCAGCGGACGUAAAAUUAGGUUCAAUGAACAUUUGACAUGAUGACUUAUAUUGGUCUAAAUAAAAUGUAUUAUUCCGCCUAUUAAAAAUCACAUAGUUGAACUCGAUUUCAUCACAAUGUAUAUAUUAUAUUGUUCUGUUCUUGGUCUUAACAGGGACCAAACAAAUAUAAUAUGUCCAUCUUGAACAGAAAAAAAACAAUAUAUAUUUUUGCACCUAAUAAAUAGGUAAAAAGUAAAAUAACACUUAGAUUUUAUAUUCUAUUGGAAAGUACUAGAAUAUAGGAUAAACGUUUUUGAAAAUUAUGGUUUUGAAUUUUUUCAAAUCGAUUUUUAAACGAUUACUCUGAAAAUAAGUUGUUUUUUUUGAUAAUAAUACAAAUAUAAAUAUACGGCACUACGUUAUUUUUGAUUGUUUAAAUUAAUUAUGAUUUUAACAAAAUUUAAAAUAAAAUAUUUUUAUUUUUUGUAUGUAUCAUAAUAAUAUUAACUUAUUAUAAUAUCAUAAUAGGUACAUAAAAUGUUUAUGUGAAAAUUAUUUUUACAGACUCAUAUUAUUAUAAUCUAUUAGUUUAUUAAGAUAUGUUUUAUUGUCUCCGGAAAAGCUUUUUAAGUGAAUAAAAAUUCUUCGAUUUUGUUAUGCCGUACCUCAAAAGAGGAUUAACACCCUGACAGUACUUUAUUUAAAACAUUUUUUUUUAGAUUACUGACAUUUUUUCUUAAAAAUUAAAGACAAAACCUAUAACAAACGAUAUUUUAUAUUUGUUGAUUUUUGCAGGGUGAAGAUAGGAGGAGAUUUCAGGAAGGCUAAAAGAGACUUGUCCUCCUAUUCAUAAUCAUAUUUAGGCCCUCUAAAAAUAUUAAAAAACAAAAAAUGUAUUAUUCUAGACCCAGCCCCUCAAAAGUGGUAUUAACUCCGAAAUUAGAAUAACUUUUUAUGGCUUAUUACGUUUUUAUGCACGAUAACAAAUAACAUAUAAUACAAAACGAGAUAAUCUUUUUUUCUGCUCAUUACUAAAAUUUCGCUUAUAAGGGUUGAAUUUAAUACAAAGAAAAAAAGAAGACCUAUACUAAAACCUUACAAAUCCAUUGAGCUUCACUCAAAAUAGUUUUAUGAUUGCAAUUAUUCAUCCUUGUAUUCAGUACAUAAACUAAUUCACCCCAUAUCCUAUAAACCUCCGCAUCUAAAAUCACUAAUAAAACCAUGGUGUAAAGUACAUCAGGUUUUUAUUUUUAAAUUAAAAAAAACAAAUUACAAGAUGGUUCUCGGAAUAUUUAUAUUUGUGUGUUGGUGUAUUUGUAUUAUUUCGCCAUGGAGUAGUGUUAAUUUGUUAUCCUAUUGUUUUGUGCGUGUGCGUAUGUGUGUGUUUGUGUGUGCGUAUAUUAAAAUAAUACGUAGAUAUUCGAUCAAACAACGACCUUGCAAUUCGCUCUACUCAUUUUAAUUCAAUCGAUCGCAUGAAAUAACUAUUGUAUUGAUAUCAAAUUAUUAAUGAUGUAAAAUAUUAUUAUCUACCGCAUGAUGUACAAAAACUAAUUUUACGAAUAUUAAUAAAAAAAAAUAAAAAAUUUGGAUGUGGUUGGGAUAUUAUGUUUUAGAUUUUUAGCGGAACAAGGAAGCAAUAAUAUUUAGUCUUACAAUAUAAUAUGUAAGCUUGUAUUAUUUGUUAAUUUAUUUUUAUUUUUUUGGGAGGGACUAUACAUUUUUUAGAAAAGAGUACUUUGAUCUUAGUUAUUUUUUUUUUAAUAAAUUGGAGAUUAGUUUUCACUUGAAGGUGGGAGGAGAAUAGGUGGUUUUAUGGUUUUUUCAAAAGUUAUAAAUGUACUCAUGAAAAAAAAUUACCAUACACACUUUUGUUUUGAAUUACGUUGAUAUUUUACAAUAAUUAUUAAAAAAUUAAUGGUCCUAAUGAAUUAAAGUCUCCAACUUUAAUAUAUUCCAGUGACACAAUUUCGACCAUGUUUGACCAUAUUAUUCAGGCUGAAUUUAUAGAGAUUUGGACAUUAAUUGUGAUUUUCACGUUUUGCACAUCCUUAAGUUAUUAAACAUUAAAAAAAUAAAAACAUAUGACGUGUUAAAAGUUCAUUGCUAAUAUAAUAUAGAGCAGAGUAUUUGUAGCUCUAAAAAGUUUCCAAUUAUGCACUUAGUACUUAAAUACUCAACAUAUUAGCUAUACGUGAUCGUACAAUCGGAUUGUCGGAUCGAAUCAGAUCCGUUUUUAAUGUAGCCAUAUCUUAAGGGAUAUUUUCGAAGUGAAAUCGUUUCAACCUUUAACACCACUGAUUGUAUUAUUAUUAAUAUUAUUAAAAUAUUAUGCUCUUGACCAGCUAAUAUCAGUUAGUCCUGCGAAAUAAGCUCAUCGUUCAAAAAAGUUUAUAUAUAGACGUAUGUUGUGUAAAUUUCAAUCUAGUCAGUACGUUACAGAUCUGUAGUUCGUUUUGUUAGGUAUAAACACUACCGGAAAUUAAUUAUUUUAAUAAUAUUUUAAUUAAAUAGCCACAAUCUCGGGCAAGUACGUAUUAUUACGUGGUUUCUUUUUAAUUUUCUUGGAAAAUGUUUUAUUAUUAGGUACUUGAUUCGUUAAAAAUAAUAUUAAAAUAUUCUAAAUGUUCUACGUAGCAACAUAUAAUUAUAUCUUUUGAUAGGUAAUUAUUUAGUAUUUAUGAUAAUAAUAAUUAUAAUACUAUUAUAAGUAGGUACCAAUCAUGAGUGCUUUGUUCGUUUAGUAGGUGCAUUACGUACAGCCGUAUAGAUAUACCUAUAUUUUGUAUCCAUUUGGUGGUUCAAAUAAUUUGUUUUAAUACUAAGAUAAACAGUUUGUUUCAAAGUGUGUAACAAAUACAAAAAAAACGAGCAUCGGUAUUCUGAUUAAAUAUAUAUAUAUAUGUAAAAUGGCUAAUAAGCAUGGCAUAGGUAGUUACAUAAAAUGCUUCGUAAGAUUGACGAUAACAUUUUGAUCCCGCACGUCCGAUUAACGUAUUCCCUUUCUUAUCUUCCUUUGAAAGUCGGACAUUAGUCGAGGAAUGAAACAUAAUAUUAAUAUGAUUAUUACUUUGUUACUAAAAAAAUACAUUAGUCGUAGAUUUAUUGAUGUUUGUAUCGUGGUAUUAAAUUAUUGUUGUUCUUAAAAUAUUCGUUUGAUUAAUAUACUUUGCCCCAUUCAUAUAUGAUUGAUAAUGAUGAUUUGUCAACAAUAUGUGUGUCAUAUUAUGUUAAAAUAAUUAAAUAGGCAUUAUAUAUUCGCUUUAAUAAUAUUCGUUUAAUGUUGUACCGAUUUUCCUACGUUUUUCCCGGGUUCCCUAUAUUUUAUCCCGAUUUUUCACAUUUGCUGGGAAAACUCCUCAGAAAAUCGAAAAAUGACUUCUUUAAAGUACCUCUCCAGUGAAAUUUCUUUUUAGAAAAUUUGCUACCAUUAAAACUUGGAGAAAAAUUGCUCGUAGAAAAGUUGUUCACAGAAAAAAAAGAAUGCCGUAAUAUAUUUUAACUAAUACCUACAUUUCUUAUAUUUUCCCCUUUUUUCGGUUUUUCAAAUUUGAUAAUAAAACUCUUGAGAAAAUUGAAAAAUUACCUUCUUAAAGUACCUCCCAAAACGAUUUUCUUUCAGAAAAGGUGCUACACGUAGAAAUCCGAGCAGUUCUUCUGAUUGAAAAGUUCUUAACAGAUAAAAAAAAAAAAAAAACGUUAUAAAACCAUAAGCUUCUUCGCUCCACUCAGAAUCUAAAAAAAACAUUAUUGAUUAGAUAAGAAAAAUAGAUGUGCAAAUGUGUAGUUAUUGAAAACAUCAAAAACUAAGGACGCUCAGAUUGUUAGAUUUAGUAUUUAAUGUUUUUAUUUUAAAUGUAUUGUUUAAUACAAUAAAUUAUUGUUAUUAUUUUUUUUUCGCAUUUUCACUGAAAAUAGAAACUAUUGAACUGUAUUAUGUUUGACAUCCGUUAUAAUAGUAUAUAGUAUGUAUUAUAUACUUAUUUAUAUAAUACAUAUAAUAUACAAUAUACACGUAUAUAUACUCGUAUGUAUAUUUUUUUAUCCCUACUUUUAGACACUAGCGGCUCUCUUUGAAUAAAAUUUCAUUAUAUUUUUACGGAAGGAGGAUAUUUUAUAGCUUUGAACACCCCUACAGACUCCUGAGGAGGUAACAUUUUGUAUCUGCCUAUUUCGGGUUCAAACUUUCGAACCCUCUCAAAUGAUCAAAUUUCAUCAAUUUUUGGGAAGUAUUUAUUUUUUUUGUAGAAUUUGAUUAAUUUCUGUAAUAAAAAAUAAACAGGGGAAAAUUCAACUUUUGUGACCAAGUUCCGCUACUCACGGACGUUUUAUUUUUUACUUUAAUAGGAUUCGGUUAUGUUCUGUAUUUCUGUAUAAAAAGUCAGUUGGCUACAUCAGCAAUAGUGUACCUACUUGGUUGCGUAUUAUAUAUUUUUUCCUUAGAACACGAAGGAAAUCAUCUUUAAAUUUCAUUAAAAUAUUACGCAGUAUGAUAAAAUACAAGAUUAACAUAUUUAUUUUUCAAUUUGUGCUUAUCCAUCUACAACAUUUCGGACGCAUUAUAAUAUUAUUAUGGCAAAUAAUCAUCAUUACGCAUGAUCAAUAACAUCAUGUUAAUUACCUAUUAAAAUUGUUUUUUUUUUUUUUUAGAAAGUUUCUCACAGUUAGGCGAUUGUGUGUUUUUUUAUGUUUCAGCGAUGAUGGAAUGCACUAUAAUUAUGAUGUGAAUUUGAUGUUAGAUUCUGUAAACCGUAGGUACAAGAAAAUCGUGUUGACGACGUAUUUCAUGGGCACGGCUAUGAUGAUUAUCGGAUGUUUAUUGGUGCUUUGAAUAAAUAAUGUAUCAAAUAAAUUAUUCUCUACGAAUACAUAUUGACACAUACUUGCAUACGAAAAUGUAUAUUACAUAAUAUUCGCAACAAAUAUUGCUCAGCUUACGUUAUAAUUUCUGUAAAGACAAUAUCUACAUGUCUGUCUGUCUAAAAAUUACCGACAAAAUUAAUCUGUUUUAAACGUUUCACGUUAUAUUAUUUUUUCCAUUACAUAUCAGCUCUCGUGUGCUUAUUUAUUGUAAAUUAAAAGGUUAUUCAGUUGCGUGGACAUUGCACCAAAUGGAAUUCCUUUGAUAUUUAUCAACCGCGCGCUUUUUCCCCUUUUAGUCCCUAAAUCCCAAAAAUUAUAUUGAUCCGUUAAAUAUUUAAGUAUAAUUAUAAUAUACAUGUAUUCUUGUUUAAUAUUUUAUUUAUUCUAUAAUAUUAUUAUAAAGUAAGUCGAGGUCUUAUUUAUUUAUUUUACAAUUUAUAUACACCAGUACGUUUUUUUUUUCACAAUUUGAUACUUUAAUAAUAUAUUUCGGUCGAUUAUGUAUUUUAAUAAUACGUGUUAGACAAUAUUUCCUAUUAUAAUUAUCUACGAACAUUACAUAUUAUUACUAUAAUUAGAAAUAUUGUAAACAAUCAUAUACAAAAUAAAUAUUUUUUUUACUUGUACGAAAACCAAAGAAUAAAUGUUUACAUUUACUUAUAUAUUAUUAUGAUGGUUAUGUAAUAAACCCAUACUUGUUAUAUUAUGUUUCUAAGAUGAUAUAUUAUUAUAAUUCAAGACGGUUUUGAAAUUAUAUAUAAUAUAUGUAAUGUAUGUGUUUUUAAAAAAUAUGAUAAUGAUAUAUAAUCGACAUUUCAUCUAUUGAAUAUUCGUUUAAAUAAAAAUCAUAUGCACUUACUGUACUCAACAUAAAAAUGUAUUAUUAUAUUAUAUAAAAAUCGUGGUUUUAAAAUUUGUUUUAUUUUAGCGCGUAUCAUCAGGGGCCCUCGUCGUUGAUACUUAAGUGCUAAUUUGGUGCACUUAACUAAACAUAUAUGCAUUUAUGUACUAAAAUAAUACCAAGUAUGCAUUUAAAAUAUACAUUUAAAGUCAUAAAAAUGGCUACCUAUAUAAUUUUACCUAAACAUUUUUCAUUGUAAUAUAUAAAAAAAAACUUCUCAAAAACCGAUAUGACAGCGGGGUGGUAAAAUCGAAAUGAUAAUGCGUCUAUAUGCGUUAGAAAUCGAAUUCAUAUUAUCAUUCAGCAUUCCAUUCAAUAAAAUAGCCAUGCAGUUUAUAUUGCAGGAGAACCUGAUUAACACGAUCAUCUAUCAUGAAAUCAUGAAAAAUCUAAUCUAAAAAUAUAUGCAACAAACAUAAUAUCAUAAACCUAUUUUAACGGGUAUUUUAAAGUAAUAAUGUAUUAUAAUGUAAUUUAAAUAUGAAUUUAUAAAAAUCUCCCAAAAAAUAUAUUAAUAUAUUCAUAAAAACAACAAAAAAAAAAAAAAAAAUGAAAAUUUGCAAAUUCAGUAGGACAUAAAUUAAAUUUACAUGUAGGUUAACAUUUAAUUGAGUUAUUGAAAUACAACAAUAUACAAUCACAUAAAAUAUAUCCGAGUCUUAUAGUGAUUAAAUUUUGCAACAUAUAAGGUAACAUUUAAAAUAGAUAAUCUUCGUUCCAAUGGUUGUGAAUACUCGUAAAACAAAGGUACAAUGGUGCAUAGGUAUACGUAGAACUGAAAAAUCUCAAUUUUUCGUUAUUAAUUUUAUUUUUAAAGUCUGUAUAGAUUAUUUCAUCGGGGUGUCACGGUAUUUUAAACUGGUUACAGAUAGUCAGAUGUACUAUUGUGCAUCAAGACGUCAUGCCCUUGAACAUGAAAAUGAGAAAAUUAAUUGGCCUUGGAUUGGGCGAUGUGGGUAGGCAGAUAAUUAUAUAAUACACUGUAGAAAUCGAUAUAAACAAAUGCUGGUGGCGUAGGUUAUAAUAUUUUGUGGUAGAUCACAUUUUCUGUUAUAGUGCCGUUCGGAAGAUAAUUAUUUAAUUAUUAUUAUUAUUAUUGUUAUUAUUUAAAUUUGGGUGAUGUAUUAUAUUAAACAGUAGCUCGGAGUUGGUGCAUUGGGAUAGCCGUUGGAAUUGAACGAAACUAGUUGGGUUUCAUCAUUAUACGUUUACCGAACGGUCUCGUAAAGUAUCUAAUUUUUUAACGGACAUUUUUGUUAUUUGAUAUCGAUAGUCGAUACCACGUUCCUAAUAUUUAUAUAUUAUAUAAAAUAAGGUAGUUAAGUAAAUAGAUAUAUUGUAAGUUUAUUAAAAUAGAUAUCUUUGUCCCUCGGGGAUCAGAUAUCUGUUAUAGGCGUUGGCGUUGUGUAAAAAAAAAAAAAAAAAAAAAUCAUUUGUAGAAAACGUGUAAAGAAAAAAUUAAUAUAAAUUGAAAUUACUGGGAACAAUAUUAUUCAAGAGAGAGAAGGGCGAUAAUAAAGUUUACUGUCAAUAAAUAUUUGUAUUUUCCCAGUAAGAGAAAUAAAGAUGAAGUAUUAACUUUUUAGUGGGCCAAAUUAUUGUUAAUUUUAACAUUCUCAAUCUGUACCUCCUCGGUACGCCACUUCAAGAACGUCAUUUGCGAGAAGACGGUGUUACGUUUUUAUUUUAUGACCUUUUGAUUAAUUCUGUAUGUGGCAUUGUUGUGAGUUAACACAACAUUCUACAUACUUACUAAAGUGCAUGUACUCUGUAAUAUGCUGCAUCUGUUAUAUGUAGUACAUUUACCAAUCAAUAAUAAUUAAUAAUUAUACACAUAUACAUGACGCCGUGUGGUUUUUUGGUUUUAGAUUGCUAAAGAAGCUGUGGAAGUGGAGGUCUUCAAAGAAGACCAAUGAAGAACUGUUGGAAGAAGGUACGAGUUUAGAACAGAAAGACGUAAAAAUAGUGACGUACGCCCUCUGUUUUAUUAUGAUGUUAGCCGGACUAACCGUAAAAAUGGACUGAUCGUGGACUAUUUCACACUCUCUCUCUUUCUCUUUCUUUAUUUUACGUACCUAUGCGUAUACAUCGAUUGUUACACAUAGGAUGUAUAUAUUUGUUAUAUUAUGCUUCGGCGGAUCAAGGAUUUUAGCCGUUCUAGUAGAUUAACCUUGAUUUUCGUGAUCGAAAAAUCUAGAUUUAUUUAUUUAUUCUAGUAUAUUACAUAAUUAUUUGUAGUGGAUGAGCGUUAUCCAACGUAGACCGUGACGAAGACCGAUCGGUCUUUGAAUGUAAUAUUGUUUCUGUUAUUGUUAAGUGUGAUAAAUCAAUAAUAUUAUUGUACAUGUUGUAAAUUGCGUCGGGUACCUAUAUGCAAUUACUAUUUUAUGAUUAUUGUCCUUUAUAUAAGAAUUUACCUCAUUAAUAUAGUGUUUGUGUUUGUUUGAUCUUUAAAUAAUAUUAUAUUAUUUUACAGAAUCCAUCUUGUGAAUAAUCUGCUGUAUAAAACUGCAAAACGUAUAGAUUUCAGCACAGAAUAGGACGAAUAUUUAUUAUUCGUGUUUUUGUUCGUUUUAAAGUUACACAGGUUUCGCUAUCAACAGCAGUUUUACUUCGUUAGGAAACAGUGACAAUACCAGGAUUUUUUGUCAAAGAAGGGUGGGUGAUCCAAACAUAAUAACUGGAUCCAUUGCACAACAAAAUACACAGUAUUUUUAGGUUAUAUUUACCUAAUGAUUAAUGCAAUUUUCAUAAUGAUAUAUUGAAACAUCAUAACUACCACAACAAUACUAAAUAAUACUAAAUAAUACUACUCAAUAUUCACAAAGAAAAAUCAAACCACCGUUUAAAUGACAUUACAUCUAUAAUUUCAUUAAUCGUAAAGAAAUAUCUUUAUGUGUAUUAAAGAGAGCUGAUCCAUUUAU